AGGGAUUUGCUAGAGCAGUUCGUGUCGUACACACCUCUGCAGCGCUUGGUAUACACGCCGUACAGCAAAGAGGAGGAGGCGAGGUUUUUCUCGCUUAAUAUGCAUCAUGAGGACAUGAUGGUGGGGUAUGUGCUGCACAAAGUAAUGGGCAAUAAUAUUACCUUUGUACGUGAACCGCCCUGUCGGUUUCAUGACCUUUACCGAGGAUACCACAGCCGAAACGUGACUUGGAGUUCCGUUAUGAUGCACCAUACCAAAGAGAAGGACUAUGAACUUUUUAUGAAUAUUUUCGGGAACGAUACGGCUCCUCCUGCAAAGGCUUACAAGGUAAUCAAUAAUCGCAUCGAGUUUGAAUGCUAA